AUGUCCGUCGACCUCGUCUUUCAGUCAUGGUACAAGGGCGAUAAUGCGAGUAAAGCGGGUAUAGCGCAAGAGGCCUUCAAGUCGGUUAAGAAACACUUUGAACAGAGCAAUUCGUUGAGCGGUGACGAGAAGGCUCUUUUGGGGAAGAAGUCGUCGUUACAAGACGUUGAAAAGGCAGUCAGCGAUGCUUUCGCAAAGUACGAAGCUAAGAGCGAAGCCUCUAAAACACGGAAAUGGCUGCAAAAGGCUUCUGAAUCAAUAUGCCAUUAUGGUCAAGUACUUGAUGUCUUUGUUCAGCAUCAUCCUGAAUACGUCUCCUUGGCCUGGGGACUGAUGAAGGUGAUGUUUAUUAGCGUGGUCAAUCAUGGCGAGACGCUGAAAUUAUUGUCAAAAUCACUUUAUGAGGUGGCCCAGCGUCUUCCACGCAUCGAACAUCUAUCUGCACUGUAUCCGACCAAGAACAUGAAGCUAGCUAUGGAAAGCCUCUACUCCUGUAUCAUGGAGUUUUUACUAAUAGCUCACUCAUGGUGCAAUGAGUCAAAAUUCAAACAUAUUUACCACAGCUUCACAAGACCACACGAGUUGCGAUACAGCGAUCUCUUACAGAGGAUAGGCACUUGCACGGACAACAUCAACGAACUUGCGACCGUGGGGUCACAGACUGAGCUUCGAGUUAUGCAUAACACCCAGUCAUCGAAGCUCAACGAAAUCAUCUUAAGUUUGCAGACCAGUGAGAAGACUAGGCAAGCACAAAUAGAUGGCCUCAAUUGCGCUAUUUCGAGAUUGGAGAUUUCGAGUCGAGACCAUGGCAGGAAGCUCGACUUGAUCAUGCAGUGGCUUGAGGCUUCUGGGUUGACAAUUAACGACUUGUUAACAAAGAUAGAGACUUUUCACUCUAUUCAGACAAGUGCGCAACUGGAUACCAACCAAAAGCUCUCCUCUCUGCAGUUAUCCCAAGCAUUGGCAACCUUCUCUCAGAGCCUUGAAGAUCCCAAGUCCUUGUAUAAACACCACCUAUUCCUUCGCAAUCGACGGGCGUCGGGUAGAGGAGCAGCAAUAUCCACCAAUGAGUUCUGGUUGUCUCCAAAACUCGCCAGAUGGUCCUCUUGUCCACAUUCUUCCCUCACCAUCAUCAGGGGCAGCUUCACGACCCGCUGGGCGAUCCAGGAUUUCGCAAUAGAUAUCAUUCAAGCUGUUACCAUGAUGAGCAUACCAGCGCUUUGGGUUUUGGGUAGUGCAAACAAGACGAGCCCCAAUGCAAUGCUAAGUCCAGCGGAUUUGGUGAGAUAUCUGACGUAUCAAGCGUUGCAAGUUGAGGGAACAGUUACGACAGAAAAGCAAAUGUCGUUACGACAUUCGCAACUCGAGGAGGCGAAAACUAGUCAAGAUUGGCUCACAUUCUUCAAGCUAAUCAUUCAAGACUUGGGAGGGCAGAUUUAUAUCAUCGUUGAUCUUGCAACAGUGAGUUCUGGUCCGAAAGGAUCUGGCCAAGUCAGCUUGAUCUACCAACUCAACGAGAUGUUAAAAGAGCUGAGCAACAAGGGAUCACACAAGAGAUCGCGAACAAAAGUCAAGAUUAUUUUGCUUGUCUAUGACUAUAACUGGAUGAGCUUGAUCCCGAGGGAAAUCUAUGAUCAUCUUGUCCCAGUCAAGAUAUCUGGAACUAAAGGACUGCAGGGCAGGAGAAUGCGGACAGCCGUUCAUACACGGAUUCUACCAAGACAGAGAGCAAAGGUAUAAUUAAAGCAGCAAUAAUAAUCUUGGAUUGAGCACCUGCAGAUGAU